UGCUGCUGUGGAGCUGGGAGGUGUCGGCGCUGUCUGUCUGUUUGUCGGACGGAGGGGAACUUCACGGCGGCUACGGGUGUGGCUUCAAACGUGAUAAAUCUCAACGAGGGGGAAAGAAUGCGCAACGCCGAUAGGGAUUAAAGCAAAAACAAGAAAAGGAAAGAGAAAUAUCAUCUAAAAAGGUGGUUAGUGUGUGUCCAGGUAGCCUUUUUUAAGUGGCGGCAGGAAUCCGUGUGCUCGGUUUUUCAACAGCUGGACUACUUUUUUGUGUGUGUGUGUGUGUGCUGCUGAACUUCGUGGCCCGUGUUCGUGAACCUGCUCCGAUGGUCUGCUGUGGGAACUAGCGAAAAGAAAGUCAACCAAAAAGUAUCUUUCUUUUUUUUUUUUAAGGGGGUCGCUGGACAACUUCUCCACGCUCACAGUUAAGACCACCAAUGCUGCCGAACAACUGACUUAAACCAGCAGCAACUCUUUCUUUUUUUUGGGGGGGGGAUAAAAAAAAAAACCCCAAGUUCACGUCUCAGAGAGAAAUCGUUUGUUUUUGUGAUUUUCGUUUCCUCUCUCGCGGAUGAACGGACUCCGUCACGUUUGUCGCCGCUUGUCAAAAAGGGAAGUCGUCUCGCUCAACUUCAACCCCUGUUUUUUUAAAUAAAAAAAAGGGGUUUUCUGCUCUUUUUUUUUUCCGGGCUCGGCCGUUUUUCCCAGGUGAUAUUUUCCCCACUAAGCAGCAGUCCUGAAGCGUGCACUAGGAACCAUGGGUUGUACAGUUAGUCAGGAAGACAAAGCCGCGGCCGAGAGGUCUAAAAUGAUUGAUAAAAACCUGAGAGAAGAUGGAGAGAAGGCGGCGAGAGAAGUGAAACUGCUGCUGCUGGGUGCUGGAGAGUCGGGGAAGAGCACCAUUGUGAAGCAGAUGAAGAUUAUUCACGAGGAUGGAUACUCAGAAGAUGAGUGUAAGCAGUACAGAGCAGUUGUCUACAGCAACACAAUCCAGUCCAUUAUGGCCAUCAUCAAAGCCAUGGCCAACCUUAAGAUCGACUAUGAGGAACCUACUAGAGCGGAUGAUGCCCGCCAACUGUUUGCCCUGUCAGCAGCAGCAGAGGAGCAGGGCAUCCUGCCAGAAGAUCUGUCCAACGUCAUCCAACGACUGUGGGCUGACGGCGGCGUCCAGAGCUGCUUCACACGGGCUCGAGAGUACCAGCUCAAUGACUCCGCGGCCUACUACCUUAAUGACCUGGAGAGGAUAGCCAAGCCAGAUUACAUCCCCACACAGCAAGAUGUGCUGCGGACCCGAGUGAAGACCACUGGCAUUGUGGAAACACAUUUCACCUUCAAGGACCUGCACUUCAAGUAAGAUCCCACUUCCAACGUUU